GAAAUAUAUUGAAGUGCAAAUAACAAGUGUGAACACAAGUGUACAACGUACGCUAGCGUUUGUCAUAUAUAUUUACUUUGAUUCAUGGUGCAUCCCAUGAAAUAAUUUGGAGCCAUAUUUUGGUUUAUACUUGUAUAAUUACAUGUAGUAUGAUGAAUUUUUGAUUUGAAGUUAGGAUUCAAUGUAAUUUCUAAAUGAUGGAUUUUAUAUAUGAAGUUAGGAUGAUUGUUACAUAUAAUUGAGUUAUGAAUGACGAAAUUGAUACUGAUAGGAGGUUGCUUGUUAGAUUGAAUUUAGACAAAUUGUUAUAUUAUUUCUUUGUAGUGGUGGUGCACAUAUUGUUUGAUGAAAUAUUGUAGAUAUUGUUGGUAGUUGCGAGCUGGAUAGGAUUUGAUAUAAGUCGAGGCUCUAACCAGUGGCGUAACAAGAGUUUUGAAUUAGGGGGUGUCGAUUUAAAUAUUUUUUGUUGUUGUUGUUAAUUUCACUUUCUCUAGAUCUGAAGCUAGGCUUAAAAUGGUUUACCGAGAGAGAUUGUUGUUACAGUACUGGUGUAGUCUAGUUAGAGUUAAAUGUAGGUGCAUUUGAGGAAUUAUCUUCAUGCCCUUGAACAUUUAAAGUUGUUUUUACCCUUUUUAUCAAGAUUUCUCCAUGGUAAAAGCUACAUAUGUGACUGAAAUUGACUCACCUAAUGUUUGCUGAUGACCUCUUACUUUUCUAUGAUGGUUCAAAUUCUGGGAUCCGGUGCAUUAAAAUGUAUUAUCUGAGUUUAGAUAUAUGUCUGGACUUCAAUCCAACCCUUCAAAAUGUGAACCCUACUUGGGGGGGGGGGGGGGGGGGGAUCAGUGAGCAGUGGCAGGUUUCGAUGGCACAUUACUCAGGGUAUAAAUUGGGUACUCUCCUUGUACGUUACUUGGGACUUCCCCUGUUAGCUGGGAAGCUUACUGUUAAGGCAUGUAAACCCCUAAUUGACAGAGUUGUAGGAAGGAUAACUAGUUGGAAGUCUAAGUCUCUCUCCUAUGCUGGUAAACUUCAGCUGGUUGUGUCUGUUCUCUAUAACCUCUCGCAGUUUUGGAUGUUGAUCUUCAUUCUUCCUAAGGUUGUUAUCAGAGCUAUUGAGAAACUCUGUAGUGAUUUUCUAUGGGAGUGGGUGAGGGUACUCCGAAAAAAGCAGUUGUAGCUUGGCCUAGAAUUACAUUUCCAAAAAGGGAGGUGGUCUAGGGCUUAGGGAUAUGGUCACUUGGAACUUUGCUUGUGUCACAAGACACAUUUGGGCUAUACUUUUGAAACAAGGAUCUCUGUGGGUUGCCUGGCUUUGGGAAUAUCGCAUCAAACGGGAGGAUUUCUGGACUCUAACAUUUAAAGCAGGUUCGUGGUUAUGGCAGAAGUUACUGAAAAGCAUAGAUAAACUUAGAGCAUGGAUUUCUGUGGCAUCUGAUGGUGUCUAUUGGAAAGGAGAGCUGAUGAUUAAAUAUAGUAUCAGGAAAGUAUGGGAGGAAUUCCGUACCAAAAGAAGUUAUGUUCCUUGGCACUCUCUAGUUUGGAAGGGCCCUAGCAUCCCUAAAAAUCAGUUCCCGGUGUGGCUAAUUGUAAAUGAUUUUAUCACAACUGGGGACAAAGCUCAUGGAUGGGGAGGGGCUGGUAGCUAUGGGUGUGUGUUCUGCUCGAGUAGCUUAGAAACAAGAUCUCAUAUUUUUGCUGAAUGUCAACCAUUUAAGCAGAUGUAUGCAACUGUGUUUGUCAAUUUUGAAGAUAGAAUUCCUGGAGAUUAGUGGUCCUCCGAGCUUCAAUGGGCCACUCUCCAGUUUAAAAGUCAAUUUAUUUCUUCUCAAGCUGGGAAACUUAUAUGGCAGGCUAUGAUUGCUUCAAUUUGGAGGGAGAGGUGCCUUGUUAAGUUUGGUGGAAAGAAGUUAGAUAUGAGUGAAUUGAUUUGUUAGUUAAGAGGGAUAUUAGGAUGGUUGUAGAUCUUAUUGUCUUAGUUCAGUUCUUUUAAAACCCUUGAUAGUUGCUGCUGAAACUUUGAUUGAUAGAUAACCAGGUACUCUUAUGUAUUGGUCUAUUAGUUUCCAAGCUCAAUUGGCAGAGUUUUGUUGCCAGUAAAUUCCCUGGUGUUUUUUUAUGAAAUGAUAACCCCAAGCGAUUCAUAAAAAAAGCUACAUAUUUAAAAAAUAGAGUAACAAAAUAAUUAAUUGAAAAAACUCUAUUAGAUUGGGCACAAUAACAAUAAGAAACCACAAUGACAAUUUCUACCUACGGGUUGGGGCAGUGAUAAUGGAAAAUUGGUCAAUUGGGACGGGUGUGAUGCUAGCCUUUGUAGUUGAAGCCUGAAAGAGAAUUUGAUUACUAGAUUAGUUUGUUAUCCUUUCGAUACUUUUUGGAUAAAAGUAUUUGUUUUAAUAUUUUUUUGUCCCAACCCCUAAACAUCCAAGACUCCAAGUCCACAGGUACAUGUGCAAUUUUAAUGGGCUUUCUCCAACAUGUAUCUAUUUUCCUUUUGUUGAGCACAAAGCAAGGGUGUGCAUUGGCACCCCUCCUCCUGUGCUAGCUCCGCCCCUGGCUCUAACUCCUGGACUUAAACAAUCAGAAACGCAACAAAGUUUGAUUAGAAGCACAACAAACACAAAAAUAACCCAAACCUAUUUCACGCGUCGGGAAGAGGGCCAGGUAUACGAAUGACUAUUCGGCCAGGGUGAUUUGCUAGCAGAAAACGUCGGGUUCCUUAUUGCUGAAUCGAUUCCGCGAUCAUGAAAGAAGAAGAAUAAGAGAAGUUGGUGUUUCAACACUUAAUCUAUAGAGUUUUCGUUCUGAAUAAAAUUGUUGAUUAACCUCCAAAAGAAUUAGUUUAGCCUCUUAUAUAGGAAACAUAAGUUUAGGGCCAAAAUAACAAGGAAAAACCUUCUCUUAAUCUCAAGAAACCUAAUCCAAAAAGGAAACCGAAAAAUAGAUCCGCAGCAGCUCCCGAUCUCCGCUCGGUAACUCACUCCAGCUACACCAAUUAAAAUCCCAACCAGAGCCCAAGUAUAAACUCUAGUAGGAUGUAGUAUAGGGCAAGCGUUUUAAUUGUCAACCCGGGCCGGUCCAUGUACUCCUACUUCGACCGUUUAAAACGUUAUCUGGCAAUCGGUUUUGAGUGAGAACUAAGGACUACAAUUUAAAGCAAGAAAGAAGGCAAAUUGUU